AUGAACGCACUCGAUAGAAUUCAAAAAUCUUUACAAGAAAUUUCUGAAUACAGACAAGAAGUAAUUCAAGCUUCCAACCGUAGCAGCACUUAUGAUCAAGAUAAUUUGAUUUAUUGUCAAAACUUGGAAAAAAUUGUUUUUAACGAACUCAAAGUCGAAGAAUAUGGUAUUGCAACUGAUUACUUAUUUGAGUCUGAUGAAGGAAUUGUGAAAUUCCUGAUUAAAACUAUUGGUAUCAAUGAUCCAAAUCUUGUCAAGCUCAAAAUUGCUUUCUUAGAAUUCAUUUCUCUUUAUAUCGAAAAGAUCACUCCAAAUUCUCAAAAUGUUUACAUUAAAAUCAAGGAUAUGUGUUAUUCUAUUUUACAUAAUGAUUCGGAUGCUCAUGUAAAAGCAGCAUCAUUUAAACCAUUAAUUGUAAUGCUUGAUUUCGAACGAAGAAUCGUCGAUCCUGUAAAAUUAGAUAUCAAAAAGAUAAUCAAGCAAUGCCUUGAAAGUUUUUUCGUUAGGUCAACAAAAUUUAGAAGCCUUAAAGUGAUGUCUGGAUUUUUUUCGUUGUUGGGAAUCAUAUCAAGACGAUUCACAGAAUACGCAGAGACUGAUAGCGCCAAUAUUUUCCGCGUUUUCAUCAAUAAUUUGGAAUCAACUGAAUAUUCUGAUUUGGCUUUUAGAGGUCUUCAUUUGUUUUUAUUUGGAUUUCCUCAUUUGUUAAAUCAAGAGAAACAAAAAUUAUAUGUAUUCCAAACAGUUUUGCGGAGCAUCAGCAGUAUUGAAGAUGAAAAAAGAUAUGAUAUUGCUAGAACUGGAUUUAAUUUUAUCAUUGACCAUUUUGAAAUGUUCAAAAAGUAUUAUAUCCAAUAUUACAAUGAAUUAUGGACAUCUCUAUGGCAAUGUCGUGAACAUAAAAACGCCGACAUCAGAAACAAUUCAACUACUGCAAUAGGGAUAUUUUUGAAACAAUUAGCAAAUAUCUUAGAAUCAGAUCCAAUUGAUGAUUACAUUACUAGUCAAUGUGUAGAGUUUUUUUUCCUUACAUUUGUUGAUAUAUGGAAUUCUUGUAAAUCAACUAUAAUCGAUAAGCAUGACAUUCAGAAAACAAAAGAUAUUUCCAUUGCAAUCAAUGGUCUUGGUUAUUUUGCUUCGCUAGCAAAAAAAGUUAUUGGGGAAAUUGCUGUUCAAAAAAUAUAUCAAGAGCUUCUUAACCCGAAAAUUUGGGCCAUUUCAGGCCUUGGUGAUAAUGAAAUUCCUCAGACACUUUCUCAAAUUCCAUUAUUCAUCGAAGCAUUUUGUUAUAUUGGUCGUGAAUAUGAAGCUAUAUUCAACACAUUAAUUGAAACUAUUGUUAACGAAGUAGAAACUAUUUUAAUUUUUUUCCCUUGUAUGGCAAAUAACCUACGCCGUCGUAGUAUCAGAUUAAUCUUAACAUGUUCCGAUUCAAUCCAACAAUCAACAAUUAAAAACUUCGCUUCAACAUCCGAAAUAAUUAAUGUUGUGGAAGAUCACACAUAUAAGGAAAUGAUCAAUUUUUGGGAAAGGAUUUUUAAAGAAUCCAUUUUCUUGAAUGUUGUUGACAAAAAAUCACUAACAAUUGAUGAAGAAGAAAAUAAGAUAAUUAUCAAAGAAUUCUUCUCGGUUCUUUAUGAUGAAUUUAUGCAGGCCUUUUUAAAAAUGACAAAGAAAUUAAAUUUCACUGUAAUUGAUCAAAGUGAAUCUGAUGUCGAUACUACUAAUUCUAAUGUUGAUGUAAAUCUAAUAGCUAUUGCUGGUUACAAUGACCUUUCAAGCUUAAAACCAGUGUUUUCAAAAGACUUUAUAAUUUUCCAAAAUUUAGUAGAUUUUUGGCAAAUAUUUCUACCCAGGGUUAGAUGUCAAUUGUACUCGAGAUGGGUAUAUACAGUUGGAAACACUUUAAUUUUACUAUCAACCUGUUAUCCGUAUAUUAGUGGUUUUUACAAGAUGUUGGGUUCAUGUUUGACCGUGUGUGAAUCGAUCGGAUUUUUUGAUGGAUUACAAAACCAUAAAAGCAAGAAUAAUGAAGAAUCACAUAAAAAACAAAUUGAUUCUAAUAUUAGAUCAAUAAGGCUGGAUAGCCAUCGUCUUUUUAGCAAGUUCAUUAAAGAAGUAUGUGAACGUUUACCACAAUACAAAGAUGAUUUGUUAUGUUCAUGCCUUCAAUUAGUACUUACUCUUCCGAAAGAACUCAUAAAUGUUCAAGAUCUUAUACAACCUAUACGCAUUGCAUUAAAAAUGGGUCAAAGCUACCAACCACUUGCAAAAAUAAGUUUAGACACUAUUGAUAAAUUGGUUAAUACUAAAGGACUUGAGGCAUUAAGCAGAUGGCUUGGACAUAUUUUGCCUGUAACAAAUGAAUAUUUGUUGUUGGUCAAUUCAGAAACAACAAAUAAUCCAAAUGGUUUAGCAAAAAAGCAAAAAAAAUUACAAAGUAUCGACAACAUUGGAAUGCUAAAUAGUGCAAUCAUCUCUAAAAAUUCCGGAUCGUUUAAUCGUUAUCUUGCUUGGGAUCCUGAAAAACGAUUAAUUUUCGGUAUUCCAUACCCUGACAUCAAAAUUGAUAUCUCACUUGAUGAGCUAUUACCACGUAUUGUAGAAAUUUCUGAAUCUGCAACAGAUAGAAAAGCAAAAGUAGUGGCAUGUGAACUUUUGCAUUCAAUAAUGUUAUUUAUGAUUGGUAAAAGUGCAUAUCAAGUUCAUACUAGAAUUGGUCCACAGCAGAGCCCCUUUUAUCGCACAUACAAAAAAGUAUUUCCUGCACUUUUUCGACUGGCCAUAGAUACCGAUCAAAUUCCAAGAAAACUAUUCUGUCCGCUAAUAUCACAGAUGAUUCAUUGGUUCACCAAUAAUGCUCAACAUGAAAAUCCUGAAACCAUUGCAUUACUAAAUUGUUGCUUGGAUGCAGUAUGCGAUACUUGGGGCUCAUUACGCGAAUAUGGUGCUAAAUGUUUGAAUGAAUUUUUAUUAUGGUCUAUUAAACAAUCAUCACAAGUAGACGAUCUUAUGAAUGUUAAAUCAAUAUUUAAACGCAUAUAUAAUCUUUGUGGACAUCCUGAUCACACAAGGCGUCUUGGUGCAUCAUUGUCAAUCAAUAACAUCUAUAGGACAUUCCGUGAAGAAGAAAGUUUGGUUGAUAUAUAUAUUUUUGAACUUUUAUAUUGGAUUUUACUUAAUUUAAAACUUUCUGAUAAAGAUCAAGUUGCUACUGGAACACGGCAACAAGCAAUUGUGGCGAUCAGGCACAUCAAAAAAAUCAUUUGCGUUAAAUCUAACUUAUUUUUGACUACAUCCGAUCAAAGACGUAAUGUAUUUUGUCUUAAAGAAACAGAUUUACCAUCUCUGGUAGAAUAUUUAUUCAACGAAACUACAAAAAAGGAAAAGGAUUACGCAAACAUUUGCAGGGAAUUAUUUUGUGAUUUUGUUGUGUUGUUACCAGAUUAUCAAAGUGGCCAUCGUUGGAUUUCUAACAAGAUUGCUAGCGAUCCUUUUUAUUUGAAAAACUUGUACCAAUCUCGAUUUACUGUCCCACACCUAGAUUUUGAAUCUAAUUUGAUACUACAAAAUUCUAAAGAAUGGUGCUUACAAUUCCUGUCUAUUUUGGAGAAUUAUACCUGGCUUAUCAACAAACAAUUGGUGGAUUCAGAAACUCUGAUAAACAGUUCAUCUUCGCUUUUUAUCGAUUCAUUGAUUUAUUUCAUAGAGAAAAUAGUGUUAAGUAUUGACAAUGACGGCAUAAAAACUGAUAGGAUGGAUAUCGAUAUUAUUGAUGAUAUCGAAGAGUAUGAUGCGUUGUCUGAAUUUAUAUUAACACCAACCGAUAAAUUACAGUGGGUUGCUCUUAAGGCUUAUUGUAUCGAAAGCUUGAUCAAUUUUUCAACGAAUUUACUUAAAAAUCCAACCCCAUCAACAAUUAAAAUAAUCUUGGACUCUAAAAUUUAUAGUACAUCGUUUUUUAAAAUGAUAGCAAAUUGUUUAUUCGAUUACAACAGCUUGGAAUUGGAAUAUUCUUCUAUCCACAAAAUUGAUCAUAACAGCUUUUUAAAUAAAUUGGAAAUAUUAUUGAAAUUGUGCAAGGAUACCUUUUCAAAUUAUCAAUAUCAUUUGGAUGAAAUGACACAAGCAAUUGCGGAAGUUGCAUUUUCUGAUAAUUUUAAUUUAUUGUGUAUUGAUGUUAAAAAAUCAGUUAUUGAAAUUGUUUACAUUAAUUAUAAUCUAGAUCCUGUAAAAUAUAUUGAAGUGACUCAAGGAUACAGAACUCUAAGUUCUGCCGGGAUCUUUCCUGAACUUUUCAGAGCAAGUGGUCCGUCUAGCACAACGAUCUACAGUUAUAUUAUCGCUGUUUGGAAUAUGCUUAUUUCUUUACGUAACAUGGAAGAUCCCCUUUGGAAUGAAUUUGCCGGACAACUGCUUGCUUUUGUAGUUUCUCAAAAUAAUGAUACAUUUAACAAAUGGCUGCUUCAAUUUAAAGGUGAAGCUUUAGAUAUAUUGGCAACCUUUUUACUAUCUGAUUUACCGUUCCAAGAGAUUGAAUCUUGUGUUCAAAAAAUUUUAAAUGAACAAUUACCUUUAUUGUCUGCUGACUACCCUCCACAAGGGACGAGAAAAUUUAAUGAAUAUAUCUCUAUACUUGAUAAAUUGCUAAAAGCAAUGGCAGAUUCAUGCGAUGUUGACCUUUUCAAAAUAUUAUUUCCUACAUUAAUACGUGAAGAAAAUCACGUACAUAAACAGGAAAUCCAACAAUCCUUUGAAAGUUUGGUAAAAAGGUUAACAAGUCUCAAAUUUGUUGAAAUCACCGAUAUAGCGUAUGGAGGACCAAAAAUUUUUAUGAAAGAUUUUUUUAAAAGACACAUAAAAGAAAUUGUUGACUUUUUAGAUCGGGAUGAAAGACCUAGGAACGAUUUGGAAAUUGUAUAUUAUAUAGAUGAAAAAGCAGAAACAUGCGAGAUUAUUCAAGCUUAUUUUUUAGGAAAAGAAAUCAAGCCAAAAGAAUUGACAAAAAAAAUAAUUGACAUUGCUUAUAAAGUCAAAUCAAAAUCUGAGCAUAAUGAUCCUUCCAAUGAAAACUUAAGUAAUGCUAAAUGGAGAAAUCGAUGCGCUGCAUUCAAUGCUUUAUCUGCAGCGAUUCUAUGUACACAAGAUAAAGAGAGUUUUUAUAGAAUAUUUCUUUUUUCUGAAAAUUCAAAUAAAGGGGAAUAUACCUGGGAAAGCAUCGUUAACCUAGGGAACGUUUAUCAAUUCGAAAUAGAAUUAAACCAGCCAUUUAUACAAAUGAAAAUCGACGAUUUUAGAGCUAAAUCUGGAUCUACUUUUAAAAGUAAUAAAAGUGGAUUAAAAUAUCUGUCCUCUAAAUAUCUUUUAGAUUCAAGUUUUUCUCAACGCCCAAUAUCUUUGGGCAACGGUAACGAUAAACGUGAACAUUCUAAUAUUGAAAGUGAUCCAACCUCAACUGAUGUUAAUGAAGUAGCAACAAAUGAUAGAGCCAGCUCGGUUGUACUAGAAAUGGAUGAAUUGAAUCAACAUCCUUGUAUGAGAAUGUUAAUCAAAGUUAUUAGCCAUCUGCAUACAACAAUAUGCCCACCUGUUGAUCCUGUUGAUUCGAUGCCAAAAUGGAUGAAGAAUAUGCAUGAAAAAUUUUCAAACAAAUAUACACAUUUGAAUGUCCAUCUUUUUAUUGCUAAAAUAAUUAUUAAUAUUCCAGAGGUUUUUGAAAAAUAUUCUAAAUUCUGGAUACGACAAAUUAUUGAUUUAGUGAUAGAAGGUGAUAAAUAUGGUGGUGGUAUUAAUUAUUUUAUACAAUCAUACUUAAUGAAAAACUCUUAUCACGAAUCACUGUCUGUUGUCAAAAACAAUCUCCAAAUUAUAAAUGAGAUUUUUAAUAUUUGGUGUGAAAGUUUUGAUGUUCCCACGCAUGCAAGGAUUGGCCUACGACUUAUGGAAAUAGUUUUAGCUCAUAAUAAAUCACCAUUUCAACAAGUAGAUGUCCAUAGUUCCAAUAGAUUAACUGAAGAGAGAUUUUAUCGCGCAUUAAUAAACCUCACGAAUCAUGAAAAAUAUUUGAUAAAAGAACAUGCAGCUGAGAUAUGUGGUAUGGUAUUAAGUUAUUAUCGAAAACAUUAUUGCAAUAGUAAUAAAAUAUCAGUAGUGUUGGAACCUCUUAGGGAAAAAGUAAAAUCACUUUACGAAAAAGCUAAAGUCAAUCAAAAAGAUAUCAAGCCAUUUAUUAAGAUUAUCCACAAUAUAUCGAUACAUGACCAUGAAAUCGCUGAUGAAUUCCUUAAGCAUGUUUUGGAUAUGUUACCAAAAAUAAGCGAUUUUAAGAAUUUAGCGUUAAAGGUCAUUUCAUUUUGUGCAGGCAAUAAUAAAGAUUUGCUUUUGAACAUGGGUAAAAAACAAUUACUUGGACUUUUAAAACACAGAAAUGAUUCUGAUCAGUUGUUGACAUUAAAAAUAUUAGCCGGCAUCCUACAAAACACUGAUUCUAAUGAAGCAAGGCAUUUCCUGGACACUUUAAUAGAUAGCUUUCAAACCCAUUCAAAUGCCGAUUGCAGAAAUUUAAAUGCUGGAACAAUUGAUUUAAAACAAAAAUUAACAAUAAGCCUUUUGCAAGGCUUAGUUGAUAAAAACGAAGAAAUAAAAAACUUAUUAAUACAAUUCUGGUAUGAACAACCAGAAUUCUCACAAGACACACAAACAACAUUAAAAAAUACAAUCGGGGCAUUGUAUUAUGCUGAAAUUGAACAACUGUUUUUAAAUUACUCAUGCUUGCUAUUGCUCGAGCGUUCAAAAAAAAGCAUUGAAUAUAAACGAGCUUUAUUUCAAGAACCUUUGCCACAAUCCAAAUUCGAUGAAAAUUAUGAGGACAUUGACACUUCUUGGGAAAUGAGCAACACAAUGACUCCUUUAUUUGUUAAUACUCCACAAACUAAACCCAAGCAACAAAUUAAAGAAACAGGUAUAAUUAAAGCAACCAAAGAAAAUUUUGACUUUAGUAUGACACUUGAAAAAGCAAUUGAAACUCAAUUGGGCGAUUUUUCUGUGAUUCCAUCCAAAAUCCAAUAUUUUUCAAGGACACCAUCUCAAACACAAAUGGAUAUUGACGAGAAUGAUGCACAAAUACUAUCACAAAGUUCUCCGUAUAAAAAAUUACGAAGAAGAACUAUACGUUCACCAAACCUUUCUCAACAGGAAUACUAUAAACAAAAAGUUAAUAUAGAGAAAAAACGUAGUGAAUUGAGUAGUCGUGUCAAACCAUCAACUGUUAUUGAUAAGCAAGUUUCCAUGCUUCGUCAAUAUCGUGUUGGUGAAUUACCUGACAUUAUGAUAAAAUAUAGCGAGAUAAUUUCUCCGUUACAAGUCUUAUCGCAGCACGAUAUAGAAAUUUCACGUUUGCUCUAUACUACGUUAUUUACCUCGAUAUUUAAACAAAUGAGUGAUGAAAGUGACUCGGUGUAUAAAGAUAAUUUUAAAGUUUCACUUGAAAAUAACAUUAAAAAUAUUUUUAGCCAUACAAAUAAAUACUUUCCACCGUUUAUUGGAAGCAUUUUCAGAAUAUGUUACGAGAUUACAGAAAUAUAUUUAGAUCCAUCUGUAAUUAGAAAAGCGAGUGAAAUGAGCUCAACUGAGUCGCUAGGAAUGUUUUUAAUCGAAAGACAACUAAUGAAACCCGUUCCAAAGGAAAGAGAGCAUAAAAGAUUACGUUCUGAAAACUCAAAUAUCGAAACUAGCAAGAAGCCAUGGAUGGAAUUGGCUUACUUGUACAGACACAUUGGCCGAAAUGAUGUCUGUAAAGGUAUUUUUGAAGGCCACAUUGCUUCGAGUGAAUAUACUAAAGAUGCAUUAAAUGCUGAGAUGAUUGGCGAUUAUUCGUCUGCUUGUUAUCAUUAUUUGAAAGCAUUGAAAAAUCAACAAAAUAUUGAAAAUAUAAUUGAAGAAAAUAUAAUUGAAGCUGAAACUUGGGAAGAAGGAAGAUUCGAGUGUUAUGAGAAACUGUGUCAAUGGGAUGAUCUUGCUGAGACUGUAAAUGUUGAUCUUGAUGGAGACUUAGAAAAGCUUUGGAGUGAAGAAUAUCAGGAUUCCUAUCUUAAUUACUUCUUCCACAGCUUUUUCAAAUUGACCCAUGGAACGAAUGAUAACAACUAUAAACAACGAUUUUAUACUUUCAUAGAUAAUGCUAUGAAAGAUCCUGAGCGUACAUCAUUGUUAGAAUUGCAUUUUCCAAUAGAACUUGCUUUAUCUUCAUUGACACGGAAAAAUUAUGAUAAAGCAAGGAUGUAUGUUAGAAAAUCAUAUGAUAAUUUUCUAUACUCAUGGACAAAUUUACAUCCUUUGGCAACAAGCACUCGAUUAAACAAAUUAAGUUCCUUGCAGCAGAUUGAAGAAUAUUUGAAUUUAAUCGAAGAAAAAAGUGAAAACAUUAAUUUUGAUAAAGCACUGACGGUUUGGAAGUCUAGGUAUCCAUCUAAAUACCUCGAUUCAUGCAACACUUGGGAUGACAUUGUAAUUAAUCGCCAAUCAAUUCUUCGUGAUAUGCUUGAAUGUCUACAUAGAGAUAAUCAAUUUAAACAAAAAAAGGAUUUACUAGAAGGAACAUCAUUGUUAAAAAUGUCUGCUGCUGCAAGAGCACAAGUUAAUUAUGAAGUAGCACACUCUUGUUUAAACAAAAUCCGACGAUUUAUUCAAUUUGAUUCAGAUAAAUUGGAUUAUUAUCAAUACAAAUUACAUUUACAAGAAGCAAGCAAUGCUGUUGAUUACGAGAAAAAGAGUUCUAUUUUAUCAAACCUAAUCGAAGAUUUUAGCAAAUUUAAGUCAUUUAAGUCUAAGAUCGACUUAAAGAAAUCUAUGAUAGCAAGUGAAGCAUAUUCCCUUCUUAAUUCAGAAUUAAACAAGGAUUACACUCAAAGCUCGUUGCAGUCUCUUAAAAUUAGAAAAGACGAAUUGAUUAAUAAAGGAUAUGACAUUAUUGAAAGUGCUUCAAAAGAAUUGCAUAGAUUCAAACCUUCAUUGCAAAGAAAAAUUUUUUUUAAAUUUGCUAAAUAUUGCGAUGAUCAUUUACGUAUGAUCGAAUCUGAUGAUAAUAACAUGGAUCAAUUUUCAUUUAAUUAUGAACAAUAUGCGAACAAUGUUGUGAGUAAUAUUAUGGAUGCAUUAGAGCUGAAUUCUGAAGAAGCUUCAGAAAUAUUCCCUAGAUUGUUGCAAAUCAUAGAAUUUUAUGAAGAAACACAAGAGACUUUUUUAGCAAAAGCCAAAGCGUUCGGGCCUGUUUGGAAAUUUAUAAGGUGGAUACCUCAAAUAGUUGCAGUAUUGGAUAAACCUAUUAUGCAUUGUGUGCUUCCUAUUUUGGAUAAGCUCGCAGAUGAAUAUCCAAAAAGUCUGUACUUCCCACUCAGAAUUAGUAGUGAAUUUUAUAAUUUUGAACAAAAUGAUCCAGAUGCAAGAGCGAGACAGUUGAUUGUUGAAAGGCUUCAACAAAAAAUAAAAUCUGAUGUAUUGGAAAGAUUGAUAACUGAACUGGAAAGACUAACUGAUCCAGAAAUGUAUUUUAACAAUUGGUGCCAAAAUAUUUGGAAUUUGGUCAAGUUAAAGGAUUCUGGUGUAGAUAAACGUGAAGAUGGAUCGAAAUUAGCUGACAUGACACAAAAUGAUUUUAAAGCAAAAAUUUGGGAAUAUUUUGUUAAUAAUAUUAAGAAAAAGAGCAAAAAGCCUUCAGAGGGUUCGAACUUAUUAAAGUCAUAUUCUAAAUGGCUCGCAGAAUUUUCAUCAUCUAAUUAUCUAGAAGAGAUUGAAAUACCUUCCCAGUAUGAUUGUUCAAUGAUUCCUGACCCGGAUAGGCAUGUAAAGAUUGCUCGUUUUGACCCUAGAGUCUUGGUUUUGAGGUCGUUAAGGCGACCAAAACGACUUACUAUGAUUGGCACUGAUGGAAAUGAAUAUAAUUUCCUUGUUAAAGGAGGAGAAGAUUUAAGACUUGAUCAAAGAGUUCAAUCAUUAUUUGACCUUAUGAAUAAAAUAAUGAGUAAAGAUUUUUAUUGUUCUCAACAAAAAAUUAAUUUGAGAACAUAUAAAGUGGUUCCUAUGACUGGCAAUCUUGGUAUAAUCGAAUGGAUCAACGAUACUGAACCUUUGAGGCACUUCAUCAAUAAAAAAAUCAAUAAUGAAAGUAUUCUGGAACAAGCUCAAAAAAAACAUUUAAAUUGGAUCGAGGAAAAUUAUGCUGAUUAUCAAAAUAUGUUCAUCCAUGCUGCACGCGACGAUAUGAUAAAGCACUUUAAAGGUUUACAGGGACUUUUGGGCUCAAACGUUUUAACAAAUUCACUUCUUAAAUUGGCAGCUUCUCCGGAGGUGUAUUUGUCGCUUAGAUCAGAAUUUAUCAAAAGCCUUGCUAGUAUUAACAUUUGUGGUUAUUUGAUUGGAAUUGGGGAUAGACAUUUGGAAAAUUUUUUAGUGGACAUGAAUAAAGGAACGCUUAUUUCCAUAGAUUUUGGUCAUGCGUUUGGGUCAGCAACUGAAACGUUGGAGAUUCCUGAAUUAGUUCCAUUUCGUUUGACAAAACAAUUGGAAUCUUUAAUGCAACCACUUGGAUCACGUGGUUUGCUAGAGUAUCCUAUGAUCAAAAUAAUGCAAAUAAUGAAUUUGAACAAGGAGGUCUUGCUUAACGUGAUGGAAAUAUUUGUAAAAGAACCAUUACUAGAUUGGCUAACCCGUGCAAAAAAUUUAGCAAAACAACAAAGUCUUAUUUGUGAAGAAUUGGCAGUUAGCCAUUCCCACAAACCAUUCUUUUCUAGCCUCGAAAGGAUAGCAAAAGGUGAUCCAAAUCACAAUAUAAGAGCACGUAUACCAACAACAUGUUGCGACAUCAAGCAACAAAUCGAAUGCUUGAUGGAUCUUGCAACCGAUGAUGUUGUGCUAAAUUGUAUGUGGGUUGGAUGGACUGCGUGGGCAUAG